AUGAAGCUCUUCUACCUCGUGGCCGGUCUGUCUGCCAUCUAUGGCGUUGAAGCAGCGACCGAGUCUACAAUUACCUGCAGUGCCUGUCAACCACCUUCAUCGACAAACGAUAUUGUGACGCGCUCUGCAGUGGCUACGCCUUCCUGCUCUGGUGCUUCAUUCACUAUUAUUCCCAACAAAACUGGGGCGGGCUCUAGCGCCAUCGAACCCACGGGCAGUGGGACUGCUACUCCAACCGCUGUUGUGCCUGUCGCCGCUGGCAGCAGAAAUGUUGCUGGUAUUGCAGGUGUUCUGGUUAUCGCAGCUGUGGCUCCCUACUUAAUGUAA